CAUCGCUUACCGCCGAAAUAACUGUACUAUAUAAACUGACCUAACCGUUUGAAACUAGGGUUUUAUUCGCCAUUUGCAGCAGCUUCGCCAACUUUUGGUAACCGAAGCUCUACGAGAGAAAAUGCCGUCACACAAGACUUUCAUCAUCAAGAAGAAGCUGGCGAAGAAGAUGAGACAGAACAGGCCCAUCCCCCACUGGAUCCGUCUGCGCACAGACAAUACUAUCAGGUAUAAUGCGAAGCGUAGGCACUGGCGCCGUACCAAGCUAGGGUUCUAAGAUGGACGAGUUAGUUUAAGUAUUUGAUUUUGUUGUUUUUGGAGCAACCGAAAGACUGGUGUUUUGAGAUUUAUUGUAUGUUGUUAUUUUUUCAAGUAAUGGUUUUGAAUUCAACUAUUCUAUCCAUCUCAAUGUGAGAAUUUCAAGUUGCUCUUCUA